AUGGUUUACCCCCGGACCGCGCCCCGCCCCGGCCCCGCUCCAGCCGCACCCUACCACCACCCUGAAUUCUUCCGGCUUCAACGCACGCCACGCUUCAACGCCCGCUACCGCCUGGCGUGCUACCACGUGGUGUCCUCCCGCUGCUGCAUCGCUUUCCGGGCCGCGGACGGUUCCUCCUGCUGUCACUUCCUGGCCGAGUCCUCCGGCACUGGCUCUCCCGACCAUGCGCAGGAAGGCUGGGCUCGCGGGACUCGCGGUUCGGCGUCCCUCCUUCGCCGGGGAGGGAGGCUGUCCCGGUCGGAGCAUCCCGGUCCCGGGAGCCCUGGACUUGCUGGAAGCGCACGCACGCUUGUCCCGGACUUGUGCAUAGACCUGGCCGGCUCCAGUGCCAACCUCAUCCCAAGGGUGACUGCCAUCCGGACCAGCCCAGACCUGCAGUGGCUGGUACGGCCCACUGAGGUGUUCUUGGCAGCCCCAUCACACAAGAUUCCCCCACCCAUACGGAGUUCUUCUGGCCUGGAUGGGGGUUAUCCCAUGAAGACCAUGGCAGGAGGCAGAACUCAGGGCGUUGGCAGGAAGGGCAAGGUGGAACAGGUGAGGAGUCGGUGGUCACCUUCUCUCUGUAGGGAGGGCUGGGGUGGCAGCAUUGGAGGAGAUGGGGAGCACGUGGAUAGAAUGAGGCCACUGAUGGAAUUCACUACACAUCCUGAACUGGCAACCCUGGCUCAAAGCCCUUUCCAUCCCAAGUCAGACUCUGAUAGUUCCACCCCAAGAAAUAGCCUAAUAGUUUAUUCUUUAGUAGGUUCCUAUCAUGCUUGUAGACUGGGCUCUCCUUUCACUUGCUGAGGAUCUUGUAAAAAAGAAAAAUUUUCGUAUCUGUUUUAAUACUUUCGUUUGGUAUGUGUAUUUUCUAAACAAUGUCUUUUUAUGGUCAUAUAGUUGAUUUACAAUGUUGCGUUAGUUUCUGGUGUACUGAAUUGCUUUGCAGUACAUCUAUCAAAAUAUGAAAAAAUAUGUAAAAUAUAUACAUAUAUUUUACAAAAUUAUAUAUGUAAAACAUAUUCUUUCAGAUUCCUUUCCAUUGCAAGUUAUUACAGGAUAAUGAAUAUGGUUCACUAUGCUAUACAGUAAAUCCUAUUGUUUAUCUAUUUAUAUAUAGUGGUGUGUAUCUGUUAAUCCCAUACUCCUAACUUAUAUACAUCUU